CCUCAGUUUCCCACCAAUCGGUCGUUGGUCCCAAUCCCACCAGAACUCCAACUGUCUUUGCCUUCCAUCCUCUCUUCCACCUCUCACCUGUCCUCCUCCCAUGAUCCAAUCCACCAUCCACCACCACCAUCCAUGCCACUCCACUGCCCACUUGGACAGAUCUGGGAUCACCUUGUAACCCAUACCCGGCGAUCGACGCUAUUCCUCCCUCCCCAAUGACAUUUCCCUCUACCUUUAGAUCCACCCGUGCUUGAACCGCUCAGAUCUCGUAUCCUCCUUUCCCACGUUCGUUUCCACUGUUUUCAAUCUUGCUCGCUCUUGGCCCAAUUCGUACCACCUCCUCCCCUCCUCUGGCGUUGAAUUCCGACCCUAUUUCCCUUGCCAUAGCCCUUGUUGGACCUGUCGCCACCUCUGUUGUUCCUCUUCACACAAUCUUUCUACGUCCUCGACUGUUCUUCAACAGUCGCCAUGUUCUCUCCAUAAGCCACUCUGAUCUCUCAUUGUGGUCUGUUAUCACCGUUUCUUGUCAUAUCGCCUUGUACUACGGCAUAUAUCCAUAUCGCCACUUCGACUUGUCUUCCUGUGAGAUCCUUUGUUUCGAGUUCGACCCAAAUUCCGGACCACAAACACUGUCAAAACGGGCACUUUGUCUCAUUGUAUUCAUUUAUAUUACCUGAGGCGCUAUAAUGCCUCCGAUGCGAACCACUCCGCCGGCAAAGGCCAUCAAAACCGAGCGCACUCACGAGGAAAACCAAGAGAGAGCAUAUAUUGCUGCCUCAAGAAGGAGUGACCGAAGUCUAGAGGCUCGUGUUGAGUCCGCUCGUCGAGCGUCUGAAAUCCAUAAACGCAGAACCGGCCGCUCGCUCCGUGUCACUGAACAGGAUGUUAUCAACGAGGAGAUGUAUGAGGAGGAGGACGAUGACCUGCCCAUGCACUAUCGACGACUUACAGCACAUCUUCAGACUGGUUCUGCCGACUUCAACCGAAGGCUGGCUGCCUACUUGACACAGCAAGUCGCAGUUCGCAGCAUGAUGGGACAAAUGGCCCAGAAUCCAUAUGCACAGUUCCCCAGCACACCCUAUCAGCAAGCCGCUCCCAACAUGUACCAAUCCCCCAUGAUGCCUCAACAGUCAAACCCGAUGACACAUUCUCCUACAACUUCCUUCCGCUCCGCACCAUAUCCCUCGCCUCAUCAACCCGGCUUCCGUCAAUCACACCAAAGAGCUUAUUCAAUGGCUUCAUUACCGAACCAUUCCCAGAACCCAAUGUCUCCUCCUCUUCCUCACCAUCCUUCACCCACUGAUCCCCGGCGAAUGUCGACACCAGCAAUUCCCACCGUGGAUGGCUCUUCUGGAAACGCAGACGGCAUCAAAACAGAGCCUGGGCAUCCCUCACAGAAUGGACAAUUCCCACCUCUCUGGCAGGAUAUGGGUCCAUUCACUACGUCUCUUCCUCCUGAGACCCAGCAGAUGUUGGCUUAUGCCCCUCAAUUGGAUCAUAACGACCCUUCCUAUGCCAUGCUGAUGCAAGGCUCUGACCAAUUUACCUCUUCACCAUUCUAUCCUUGGCCGGAUAUGCAACAUGGUGGCGGAGGUGUCAAGGGUAUGCCCGUUCAUCCAUCAGCAUGGCAAGGCAUGUCGGCUACCCUGGCUCCUGCCGUGCUGGAUCAAAAUGCCAUGACCUCGGGGGUACCCCAGCAGGCUAAAACUGAGCAUGGAAUGCCUGCCAAUCAUGUCUCUACAUCAACAUCUCCAGAGACCACUCUUCCCCCUUCAACUGGCAUUGACUUCAAUUUUAGUCAAGAUUCAAAGCCCUUGAAUUUUGAUAUGUCGCGAGAGAAUAGCUUCCAAGGCUUUUCAAAGUCUGGUCAAGCCACUCCUGCAGGUGAAGGUUUCUGGGACAAUUUCGUCAUCGAUGGCUCCUGGGACGACGACCAUAACAUUACUGGAGGCGGUGGUGCAAAUUCUGACCACAGCGUUGAUGUGCCUGCCAUUUAAAAACCAAACACAAUUCACAUUCAUCACUUUCAUCACUGAACACGUGCGAUGACAACGGCGCGUCUUAACCUCCAGCGAGAUUUCGACAGACCAACAGUCCAGUUAUUUUUUCGGACUUUGAAUCUCUUCAAAGGGAACACCCGUCCCAUAGCGGACAUUUGACUUUUCGUCACUGUAGUUUUUCUCACCCAGCAACGAGACACGAUGCUAUUCGAUUUGGGACGCCGGCGUUUGGCCACCAACCACAAACGACUUGUCUAUCUGAACUGGCUUACGGUAAUUUCUCUACUUAAUCGGUCAAGUGUCCCGAGAUCAUGGAGACACCGUCUGCAUCCCAGGGAACCUGCAAUCUGACCACCACAUCCCAACACCCGGGGACUUUGUUUUCUUGAAUGAAGGAGAUACCCAUGUUAUUCAUGCAUGGGUCGGUAUAUUGGCCGGUGGAAUAUAAAAUUCAAAAAAGGGUUUUUGGAGUUUCGAUGUCGAGCUGUAUGUCCUGAUGUCCUGAUGUCUUGUACGACCUGUACCGAGCUUGCAUGUGCAGAAAUGUUCAUUGCGAAAGGACAUGGUCAUAUGAUGGUCUAUGAUUUGAUUCUGGAUUCUGGUGGAGUUGCGCCUUGCGCGCAUCAUACCAUUGGAAUAAAUCUGAGCCAGUCUCAUGUAUCGGGCAGGUACCUAGUUACUCUUCAUCUCUAUCUCGAAAUCGAGAUGAGUUGAGAAAUAAAAUCACUCCUCUUUUUUCCCCA